GCCGGUGUCCCCGUGUGUCGGCCCCGCCGCUCCGCGGCCCCGGCUCGAUGGUUCCGCGGGGGGCGGUGGCAGCGCGGGGGGAGCGCGGCCCCUUUAAGAGCGGCGCCGCCAUGAUCUGCCUGGUGCUGGGGAUCUUCGCCGGCCUCUUCCACAGCGCCUGCGGCGGGCUCCAUGAGCGAACCUUCGUGGCCAUCAAGCCGGACGGGGUCCAGCGGCGCCUGGUCGGGGAGAUCAUCCGGCGCUUCGAGAGGAAGGGGCUGCAGCUCGUGGGGAUGAAGCUGCUGCAGGCCUCGGAGGAGCUGCUGAAGGAACACUACGUGGCCCUGCGGGACCGUCCCUUCUACGGCCGCCUGGUGAAGUACAUGAGCUCGGGGCCCGUCGUGGCCAUGGUCUGGCAGGGCCUGGAUGUGGUGAAGACUGUUCGCACCAUGAUUGGGGAGACCAAUCCAGCUGAAUCCAGGCCUGGCACCAUCCGAGGAGACUUCUGUGUUGAAGUCAGCAAGAACGUGAUCCAUGGCAGUGACUCGGUGGAGAGUGCCCAGCAGGAGAUCUCGCUCUGGUUCCGCCCCGAGGAGCUGCCGUGCUGGGAGGACGCGGCUGCACACUGGAUCUACGAGUGAGCAGCACCUCAGUGCCCUGCUGGGGCACAGCACACUUCCACCCAUUUCCUGCCACUGCUGGGGCUGCCUGCACAUCCUCUGUGGGAUUCCUCUUCUGCCUGUGGGGUCCUGGGAGCUGGGCUGUGUGUGGAACUCUGGUUCAGCUCCUGCCAAGGGGAGCUCUUCCUUUUUUUUCUCUCUCUGCUCUAGUAAGUAGUUGGUAUUGUUGUUCUGUUUGCUGCAGCAUCUUAAAUCCCAAGUAGCUCAAGCUGAUUAAUUUUUGAAGCAAAACUUGGGCUCUUGGCCCAUUCCUGGGUGUUCUCAUCCCUGCCUGGAGCAGGAGAAGGUGUUUUCCUUGCUGCUGGGAGAGGUGCUGGUCACAAGGUGAUGGGCUUGACAAUUUACCUGCAUUUCUGGAAGGCUUUUCACCAAAGGCUCUUAAAAAAUUGGGCUGCUGUAGGAUAAGGGAGCAAAUUCUCAUUUUGGAGUUCAUGCCAAGACAAGGAAUGAAGGAUGGGACAAUUCUCUCUCCCUUGCUGGGAGCCCUGGGUGCUGGGGCUGGCCAAAGCUCACCCAGUUUCAGACGUGAUGAGUGAGUUUGUGGAAGGAAGAGUCUCCAAACGCUGUGAACGCACAAUUCCUCAGGCUGUGCUCCUGGGCUGUGGCUGCUGGGGGAGGGAAGCAGCUCCUGCAGGCCUGCUCUGGUUCUCUGGGGCUGCAUGGCCCUGACCCAGCCUGUCCCUCCAUGGUCACUGGUGUGAGGCAGCAGCACUGGGGCAGCUGCAGGAGUAGAAGGGGGAGAGGGAGGCAGGAAGGAUUUGUGGAUCUGGGGCUCAGGAAGGACUGUUCAGGGGAGUAUUUAGCUCUGUCUUGUGCAGAGGCUGUGAAGUCCUGGCACUGAGCUCUGGCAGGUGCCAAGAUCUUCCUUGUCCCCCUGAGAGUUUGCAGUGGAGCUUUCAUACUGGGAGGGUAUCUGGAAACCAGUUUGUAACGGGCUGGACACCACCAUGAGCUGUCCCUGGGCCAGCCAGCUGCUCAGAGCUGUGCUGUGCCUGAGCUCCCUGUGCAGCCUCACCAGGACAGGGACAGUGACAUGGAGUCCUGCAUGGAACAGGGGCACAGUUAAACUGAGGGAACAAGAUCUCCAGGGCUUUCCUGUGUGCAGGAUGAGUUUGACCUGUGCCCUAAGAGCCUCUGGGUCCUCAGCUGUGCAGGUGCUGGGGAGUGAGGGCAGCUCUGGGGGAGCAGAGUGAAGUCACCCCCACUCCUGCUCCCUGCUGGCCCCAGAGUGUGGGGCUGAGCAGGGCAGGGGUGGGAGGUGUCCCUCCAGUCAGUGGGGCUGUCCAGCUGCCUCAGCCAAGGCUCCUCCUGCCUUGGGGCCUUCUCCAAGCACCUGUGUCCAGCUCUAAAUACCUGAGAGAUCCCAUUUGUUUCUGGAACUUGUCCACUUGGCUGAACUUGGAGUCUGGCUGCAGCAGGGCUGCAGGAGAAGGCGAUGGUGAAGACCGAGGUGUGAAGCCAGUGGGAGCAAGGCCACGUUUGCUGUUUAAUAGAUGCACUGAGAGAAGCUGUUGGUACCAAGAGCUGCCAGCUCUGACACAGGAAAACUGCCCAAAUAGCUGAGCUUCAUCUCCUGCCAUUGCCUCUUCCUGAAGGAUCCCUCUUCUCCUGUCUACAUGGAUGAGAUUGAAGAUGCCUCCUGGUUUCAAAGUGCACUGAACCCCAGUCAGACACAGGACCUGACUCACUGAGCCACAGUCCCAGGCCAUCCUCUCCUCUCUGUGUGUGUAGGUUUGGUGUCUGCCAUGACCUCGUCCCACUCUGGGGCACAGUGGAGCAGCAGCUGCAGGGAAAGGGCCCCCAGAGACACUGCUGGGAGCAGGGACAGGAGCUGAGCUGUGCCUGGUGUUCCUCGAGCCCCUGGGACUUUUAAUUGCUUUGCAUGUUGGUUUCUGCUCUUCUCCUCUGUCCAAGACUGUGCUAAACUGUAACAAUAAACGUAGAAGCUGUC